CGCCCAAGCACCAAAAGAGCUUGCUUACAGGUCCCAAUCGCAGUCCUUGUCCAGCGAGCGCUGCCAUUUGAUCCAUCCGCUGCCGCCUGCUGCCUCGCGCUGCGCCGGAAGCCGCCAGUAUCUAGCAAGCUCCAUUCCCGCCAUCCGCUCUCCCAAUCAAAAAUGGCCAAGCCAAAAACACCAGAGCACCUCCAGCGCUGCGAGGACGCCGCCGCCAAGUUGCUACAGGGCAAGAAGAAGAUCUCGCACGCCGACGUCUUGAGGACGUUCCGCUUGAUCAAGGCCGCGGACUGGCCCACGCAAGUGCGACCGAACGUCGCGCCGACGGCGAACCCCGAGGUCACGGGACUCGUACUCGGAUUGAGCCCGAACCGCCAGGGCGGCUGCUCCAUCGCGCAGGCGUCGCAGCAGUGCCCGUCACUCACGCAAGUCGUCACGCGGUGGAUUCGUGAUACCUUACCAGAUGCUGCAUUUAGAUACGGCUCCAUCCAAGUGAACUACAACUACCGCGCGCGCAAGCACAUCGACUCGAACAAUUUAGGACCGUCCUAUAUUGUUGCAUUGGGUAGCUUCGAGGGCGGCCAAUUGUGGACCGGAGAUAGAGGUAUUCUAGACUGUAGAGAAAAGUGGUGCCUCUUCGACGGGAACACGGAGCACGCGACGGAGCCCUAUUCCGGUAAAGAUAGGUUCUCGUUCAUCCUCUUCACGCCCGACCGGUACAACAAGCUCACCAAGAGUAUCUGUGAGGAGGCGAAGAGACUGGGUGUCACGGCCUGCUCGACGGCGGGUGUCGACGACAAGUACUUUUCUCAAUAUCGGGAUCUGGCCGCCGUCGAUGAAGAUGACCACGUCGCGUUCACGGAGAGGCAUCACGAGAACAAUCCCCCUUCGUUUGGCAGUGGCGCUCUUUCUGUAGAAACGAACGGCUACGCCGCGGGUAGAGGCUGGGGCUGGAUCGCCUGGCAGACGGGCAAGGGUGGCGGCGACAAGGUCCACACGGAGCACUUCCGCAAGAACGCGACGGGGAUUCACGUCGUGGAAUUGGAUGUCGUACCUCCUUCUACGCCAAAGCAGGUCCUCACGUUCAGUGUGCGAGAGGUGCACCGCUUCAACCUCUACCAGGACACGGAGGCCGAGACCAAAAGGUUCGCGAAGUGGGUCGAUCGUUUACCGAAGAACACUGUGGUAGGGUGCUGCAUCACUGAUACUGCUAUGGCCAAGACCCGGCCGUUGAACUCUACCGUGUAUGAGUCCUUUCGGAAAUUGGGCGCUUCGGACUCGCUGACGCUGAUUGGGUAUAGAGAACCCUUCUGCUUUCUCGGGUGGAAGGGCGCUGCCAAGGGCAAGGGCGUCUACGCUUUAGAUGCCAAGAAGCAAUCCAAACAAUUAUUACGUUUAGAUGCGGUGGUCACGUACGACAAGGGCGAGCUGGCCAUGACCUGGAAGUCGUCUCAAGUAAAACUGCUCGAGCAGCUGCCGGCCGCGAAGAAGAGGCGCACGGAGGAGUGAGGCGCGGUUAUUGUUAGGGA